GGUAGGGAGGGUGCUGCAGGAGCAACAAGUUCUGUGUGUGUGUUAUUAGGUGUCUGCAGUUCUAAUAAAGGAAAGCGCUGUGUCCCUCUCUGCCUCAUCAGAUGGCUUUGCUCUGCUUUGUCUGUCCGUCUCAUUUCUGUCUGUCAGUCCUGAAGUGGAGCCGGGCCGCUCACAGCCGCUGGAGCGUCAGGAGAGGAGCGCCUUCACCAGUCGUCUGUUAGUGUUUCGCUCUCCUCAGCCAGGAGACCAAGAAGCAGAAGAUGUUUGUGUGUUCAUUUGACCUGGUGUGCAGAGUGUACGUAUAAGACUGCGCGGUGCAUGGUGUUUGCCAACGCCGUUGGAAAUGCUGGGGUGUCCAGCGAGGUUAUUUUUGGAUCAGUGACAGCGCGUCAAUGGCUGCAGAUGCGUCGCAAAGGAAGGCUCUGAGAUACCAGCAGACCCUGCUGUACGGGGAGUACAGGGAGCAGCUUGGAAACUUCGCCCGACGGGAGGCCGCCCGCCUGCUGACAGAGAGACAAUGGAGAAGACAAGCCGGGGAAAACACCUCAGCCACGGGCCGCAGAGGCCUCGGCCGGCGGCAUCACCUCCAUCAGAACCCUGCCAUCUUGGAGUCGCAUCAAAGCCACAACUCCUCCACCAAGAAGCCUCAGCCCUACUCCAAAUGCCAGGACUGCUUGGCUCGAGUGAGGCGGUAUAUUGUGACGAAGAUGGGGGAGGACUGGAUAUUUUUGAUCCUUCUGGGUCUGACUAUGGCUCUGGUCAGCUGGAGCAUGGACUACGCCAGUGCCAAGAGUCUACAAGCCUACAAAUGGAUACAUGGAGAACUUAAGGGCAAUGUGCCGCUGCAGUACCUCGCCUGGGUUACAUAUCCCAUAAUCCUCGUCGUUUUUGCGUCGCUCUUCUGUCAUCUGGUUUCCCCUCAGGCCAUCGGUUCUGGCAUCCCAGAGCUCAAAACCAUCCUGAGAGGCGUAGUCCUGAAAGAGUACCUGACCCUCAAAGCCUUCAUAGCUAAAGUCAUCGGCCUGACUGCUGCUCUCGGCAGCGGGAUGCCAGUGGGCAAAGAGGGUCCGUUUGUCCACAUAGCCAGUAUCUGUGCGGCGGUGCUGAGUCGAUUCAUGUCCAUUUUCUCUGGAGUGUACGAGAACCCAUAUGGUUACACAGAUAUACUGACUGUCGGCUGUGCCGUGGGGGUGGGAUGCUGUUUCGGCACUCCACUGGGAGGGGUGCUGUUCAGUAUUGAGGUCACGUCUACCUACUUUGCUGUGAGGAAUUACUGGCGGGGAUACUUUGCUGCCACAUUCAGUGCCUUCAUAUUCAGGGUGCUUUCUGUGUGGAACAAGGAUGCUGUCACAAUCACAGCUCUAUUCAAAACCAACUUCAGGAUGGAUUUCCCCUUUGACCUGCAGGAGUUACCAGCAUUUGCAAUCAUCGGGAUCUCCUGCGGCUUUUUGGGAGCGUUCUUUGUUUACUUAAACAGACAGGUGGUUCUCUUCAUGAGAAGACCAACAGCUCUCACACGCUUUCUAACCAAACACCGUUUGAUCUACCCAGGCGCGGUGACGCUGAUCAUCGCCACCUUCACGUUUCCUCCUGGGUUUGGGCAGUUCAUGGCUGGAGAGCUGAUGCCCAGAGAGUGCAUCAACUCUCUUUUUGAUAAUUUCACCUGGACCAAAAUCUCCGACCCGGCCGCUGCCCCCGGCCUCGGCCGCUCUGCCGCUUGGCUGCAUCCUCAUGUCAGCGUCUUCCUCAUCCUUCUCCUCUUCUUCGUCAUGAAGUUCUGGAUGUCAGCAGUUUCCACCACGAUGCCUAUCCCCUCUGGCGCCUUCAUGCCGGUCUUCAUUUUGGGAGCUGCUUUCGGCCGCCUCGUCGGGGAGAUCAUGGCCACUCUUUUCCCGAACGGGAUACUGUUCGAUGGAAUAGUUUACCGCAUCCUGCCAGGAGGCUACGCUGUGAUCGGAGCUGCGGCCAUGACCGGCGCCGUCACUCACACGGUCUCCACGGCGGUAAUCUGCUUUGAGCUGACUGGUCAAAUCUCCCACAUCUUACCCAUGAUGGUGGCGGUCAUCCUGGCCAACAUGGUGGCCCAGGGUCUGCAGCCGUCUCUGUACGACUCCAUCAUCCAGGUCAAGAAGCUGCCCUACCUGCCUGAGCUGGCUCUCGGGCACAUCAGCAAGUAUAACAUCUUUGUGGAGGACAUCAUGGUGCGCAAAGUGAAAUUCUUGUCCUCCCAAUCCACUUUUCGGGAAUUAAACCACCUGUUGGAAAGCACAACGUUGAAAACGAUCCCGCUGGUUGACUCUAAAGAAUCCAUGAUCCUUCUCGGCUCGAUUGAGAGGACGGAGCUUCAGGCUGUCUUAGACUGGUGGCUCUCUCCAGAAAGACGAGUCUUUGAAAGAGGUCCCAGUUCACCGGGCCAAGGCUCCAAACUCAGCUGGGAGUCCUUCAGCUUCGUAGAUGAGGAGGGAGAAGAAAGCAGUGACAAGGCUGUCACUCCUGUGCAAGAAGGAUGUAACGGACCCAUCCCGGCCCCAGACCCCCAGGACCCGGCCACCAACCACACAGGAUCAGACAAACGCAAGCUGUCGUCUGUCAGGAGGACCCUUCAGAGACUUUUCUCCUCGUCGUCCUCGUCAGGCCAGACCGAAACUCAGGAAGACGUGCCUCCUCCACUCACUGACACCAUGUCCCCCGAGGAGAUCAAAGCUUGGGAAGAGGAAGAACUGGACAAACCAGUCGACAUGGAGGAGAUACGCAUAGACCCCUCCCCGUUUCAGCUGGUGGAAAGGACGUCGUUGCACAAGACACACACUUUGUUCUCCCUGCUGGGUCUCAGUCACGCCUACGUCACCAGCAUCGGGAAGCUGGUGGGAGUCGUGGCACUCAAAGAGCUGCAGAAGGCCAUAGAGGGCUCGACUCGCAGCGGCGUGCGGCUUCGUCCCCCUCUGGCCAGCUUCAGAGACGCCAGCAGGAAAACCAAGAAGCACCAGGCUCCCUCGUCCUCCGCCGCUUCCUCUCCCACGCGGGACAGAGACCUGUGGGGAGAGGGGAGCCGAAGAGAGAGCGAGAUGCUGAGGAGGGAGUCCAGGGACAAUUCCCGGGGAAAGACUCCGUCUCUUAGAGGAGCUCCCGGGUCUGAAGCGGUCCCCUCGCCUCCCGGCAGCGCAGGGAGCAGCAGCGGGAGCUCCGCCAAGGCGAGAGGAGCAGAGGGAGUGUCUCAGGAGGCUGCGUCCCCUUCAACCUCCUCCUCCUCCUCCUCCUCCUCACCCUCAUCCUCCCCGUCGCCUCCCAUGUCCCCCAUGUCGCAUACGAGCCCGGUCCUCACACUGUCCUCCCUGCAGGAGGAGAGGGAGAGUGAGGAGUCGGAUGAACAAUUGUAAGAGAGCCAGGGAGGAAACGUGGAGAAGGAACUUUACUUUUUUUUGUGAUUUCACUCCUUCUCGUCAGAGACAGAACAGUCUGAACGGAGGAGCCGAGCUUCCUGCAGCCCUUAACGACUCUCAGCCACCGGGACGAAGUGGUUUACAAUGAACCCGUCUUGAAACAUUUAGUCCUGGAUAGUUUUUAUUUUGUUCUAUUUUCACAGAAAUCUCGCUUUUUCACUUCUGAAUCUCAGGUGUCUUCCUGUUUCCUUUGAACUGCAAACAGCAACAAAUCACGGAUGUUUCACCUCCGUCCAAAUCCGAGGUGGAUGGAGAUGAAUCUGUCCGGUUCAUUAUGUACAUGUGAGCUAUAAUGACAGCUAUGAACUGUGCAAUAAUGAAUUAAUUAAAAACUGAAUUAAUUUGGUCAAACGGUCAGAGAUCAUGCAUUUAAAGUUAAUAGAUUUUUUUUUAAAAAAGCACAUUUAAAACGCUAAAGUAAAUUCAUCUUAUAUGUUAAAUAUUCAAAUCAUUGUUACAAGUUUCUAAUUUGUAAAAUAAAUAAAUUCUUAUAUUGUC